AAUCCGCGGGAGGACGGCAGGAAUCAAGGCCACUGGCCACCGUCGUGUGCGGUCUGCCUGCUGCCUGCCCGGUGCCCGCGCCGCACACCCGCCGGAGCCGGACCGGACCCUGCGCCGCGGCUCGCCUCGUUGGAGACCGGCGUCGGAAGGGGAAACGGCAGCUAGCCCGACGGAGGCAGUGGCUUAACGGCGGCGCAUCUGAUUCUGAUCUUGUAUCGCACCGGUGCCCCUCAAACUCCCAUCCUCUCGGCCGGCCCCAAGCAUCCCCGUCUCCACCGGAGCGUUCCGUCCCCGCGGCUUGGCAUCAAGGUUCCCGGGAGGAUGGCUGCUCCAGCGGCAGGCGCGCUGGCUCCGCUCGCAGGUUGGUCUAUGCUCCCGCUGCGCAGCCCGGCUCCGUUAUACUGCCGCAGGAGCCCUCCACUUCUCAAGGUCGCCAAGCGGCAGUCUGGUGGUCACCGAUUUGCUCCUGCCAGCCUCCAAAAAUGUGCGGCUGUGUCGGAUCAUGGACGUCAGCGGGCCACUGAGUACCAGAUUGAUGAUGAUGAACCGCUUUGGUUGGCAGUGUUCAGAGACCUCGCUGUGGGUUUGAAGGGAUUGGUAGCUUUCUUAGCUGAGCAGCCUAGGCAACUGAAGCACCUAGAGUGGCCAGGCCUUCGAAACACGCUGAAGACGUCUACACUUACUCUUGUACUGGUACUUUUGUUUAUUGUUGCAUUGUCAACUAUUGAUGCUGCCCUUUGCUACGUGCUGGCCUUGCUACUUCGAAAAUCUUCCUAGAAUAACGCAGGAAUAUCUGCCUAUUGCUUUGAUAUGAUUUAGCUGGACAAGAUAGUAGCAGGCACUGCAGCUGUAAUGCAAGCUCUUGUUGUCGAAGGGGUCAGCGAUGUUAUGCAGACUGGAGCUAGGGGGGAGGUGGAUCUUGUCCCAGUGUACCAUGUUAUUUUGAGAGGAUUGAGAAGAUCGAAACAGAUGCUCCGCAACAGGUGCUGAUGUGAUGCAGAUGCUCAUUAUAGCAUUUAAAAGGGAGAUACCUGGUUUCAGAAGUUAAAAAAAUGGUAUUGUUCUCUGUGGAACAAGUAAAUAGGUCUAGUUAAAACUUGAGUUCUGAUUUAGCACAGAAAGGGCACAUCCUGGAGAGAUUUGUGCGUGGUGAUUUGUAACUUCCUUUUUGUGUUAGACAGACUUGCUUGUAACUUGCUGGUCCAUCAUCUAGGAUCUGAAGAAAUUUUUUUCCCCCAGA